UUGAAUCGGUUCCUUCAAAAUUAUUGAUUUGGGAAUAUAUUCUUGUCAAUUCAGGUGAAUCAAACUGGUCGGUGCAAUUCAAGAUUGCCCUCGUAUUUGUGUCGGGGAAUGAAACUGUUCUGUCUUUCUUACAAAAGCAGUUGCAUUUGAUCUUGCUGCAGAGAUUAAUGUUCAUUCUCAAUCUUAACCAUGCCGGUUUACGUUGAUCGCGAAGCUCCUAAGCUAUGGAGACGAAUUUACUCAGAAGCGACAUUAGAAGCUUCUCUUCUUGCUGAAAAAUGGAAGCUUGUUCUUGCUGGACUUGUAUUUCAGUACAUUCAUGGACUUGCUGCUCAUGGAGUUCACUACUUACACCGACCUGGUCCUACUCUUCAAGAUGCUGGUUUCUUUAUUCUUCCAGCACUUGGGCAAGAUAAAGCAUUUUUCAGUGAAACUGUGUUUGUCACUAUCUUUGGAUCAUUUAUCUUGUGGACAUUUCAUCCUUUUGUUUCCCACAGUAAAAAGAUUUGUACAGUUUUGAUAUGGUGCAGAGUUUUUGUUUAUUUAGCUGCUUCUCAAAGUCUGAGGAUCAUAACAUUCUUUGCAACACAGCUUCCUGGGCCGAAUUAUCAUUGUCGAGAAGGCUCCAAGCUCGCCAAGAUUCCACCUCCAAAGAAUGUUCUUGAAGUACUCUUGAUUAACUUUCCUGAUGGAGUUAUAUAUGGUUGUGGAGAUCUGAUAUUUUCAUCACAUACGAUAUUCACCUUAGUCUUUGUACGCACAUAUCAAAGAUACGGCACACGAAGGUGGAUCAAGCACUUGGCUUGGCUUAUGGCAGUAAUACAGAGCAUAUUGAUUAUAGCAUCAAGGAAACAUUACACAGUUGACAUUGUUGUUGCAUGGUAUACUGUGAACCUUGUAAUGUUCUACGUUGACAGUAAACUGCCAGGUAAGUUGGCUCAAUAACUCAUCAUUCUCCCAAAAUAUUACGAAAACCAGAUUGUUACUCCACUCCUAGUUUAUCCUAUUGUCAUCUAUGUUGGCAAAAACCUCAAGACUGCUUUUCUUCUUCCGUACUUUCUGUGUCAAUCUGGUAUGGCUACCUUGUUAUUCACCCAAAAGAUAAGAUUAUUACAAAGAUAGAUGUAGUAAACAAUUCUCUAAUUUUGCCAGACCAUUCUAACUGCACAUAGUUUUUGGUCAACCUUGUGCUCUAACUGAAGAAAUAUUGAACGUGUUCUUAUUGCAGAAAUGGCAGAACGUUCUAGUGGACCUUCUCCUACGCCUUUACUUCCACUGAGCACAAAGGACAGUAAGAACAAGAGCAAAGAAGAUCAUCAGAGACUUCUAAACGAGAACAAUGUAGCAGAUGAUCAUUGAUCUUAUGUCUCCGAUCACCAAAUCUUAGAAUCUACGCUGAUUUUGCUCAUGUUAGUUGCAACUUUCUUCACUUAAGUGCUUUAGGAUACACAGUUUUCUUUGCCCUUCAAUGUAAAAAUACAAAGUCAACAA